AUGACACACACAUUACAGUACCACGCAGUUUGGAACACAUUUUUGAGGCAGAAUGUUCGCCGCGAGUGGUUGCUAUGUCAUCAUACCUACACAUAUGACAUUGUGGCCACUGAAAUUGAGCAGGUUCACUCAUCUUAUGGACUGUCAGAGAAGGUCACAGCAACAGUCACAGACAAUGGAUCGAAUUUUGUUAAGGCUUUCAGGGAGUAUGAGCCCAAGCCAGCAGCAGCAGCAGCAUCCGAUUCAGAGGACGAGGGAUCAGGGGAGGAUGAAGAAGUGUCAUUUACCGAUGUACAAGAAGUGCUCUCCACAGAACAAGAAGAUCCAGGACACUUUACUCUCCCCCCUCACUUAAGAUGUGCCUCGCACACACUUAAUUUGAUAUCAACUGUUGAUAUUGAAAAAUGGUUGACAGUGACAAACAAAACAAUUUACAGAAGUGCCACUGCAAAGUGCUCUGCCCUCUGGACUAAGGCCAGCCGGUCUACAGUAGCUGCAGAGCUAGUGGAAAGCCUUUGUGGAAAAAAGCUCAUGGUGCCUACAGUGACGAGAUGGAACUCUUUCCACAAUGCAGUUGCACGAAUAACUGAGAUAUCCAGACCACAGUUGACAACUCUCUGCAGUCAGUUAGGUGUACGAGCCUUUUCCGAGCGAGAGUACAAAUUCCUUGUGGAGUAUUGCACAGUCACAAAACCGCUUACAAAAGCUUUGGACCGUUUACAAGGGGAAAAUGAUUGUUAUUAUGGCAAUCUAUUACCGACACUGGAGUCUCUGAUGUCAAAGACCUUGGCAUUGCGUCCCGGCCUCUCCGAGAUGAUGGCAAAUCUGCCUGAUGUCAUAGUGCAGGCCAUCAAAACCCGCUUUGCUUCUGUUUUGGACAGUAGGGAGGGUCUCCUGGCUGCUGUCACUCUGCCGAAGUUCAAGAUGAGGUGGUUGAGGGAAGAGACCAGGAGAGAGGCCCUAAAGAAUCUGCUGAUAACAGAGUGUCGUGCUUCACCCCUGGCUGCCCCCCACAAUGAGGAGCAUGAGGUCAGGCCUCCACAGAUUAGUCCAGCAUCCAGCAGUAGUGAGGAUGACUUUUUUGUGUUUGAGGAAGAGCAGGAUUCAGGAUCUUUUGGCCCAGACAGGGAGGUGAUGGAGUACCUGAAGUCUGGGUCAGAGAUGGGGGUCCUAGACAACUUCCCCAGAAUUAAGAACUUAUCUUUAAAAUACAAUACAGCACCAGCAUCCAGUGCUCCAGUGGAGAGGCUAUUCAGCCUGGGAAGCCUUGUUCUCACUCCAAGGAGGAACAGGUUAGGAGACAAGCGCUUUGAGAGACUCCUCCUUAUGAGGUAUAACCACUACUUUGACAAAUAAGCUGACACAUUCAGAAGCUCAUAUUUUGCACCAGAAAAAUGCAUUACAGUAAAUGCCAACUGUAUUUUUCCUUUUAUUUACUUUGAGUCUUCUGUAUUUGCUUUAACUCAUUUCAACAACCUACCUCUCCUCUGCACUGUGUUUUGCUUUUUAACAAUUUACCUCUCCUCUACACAGUGCUGGUAAGGCCAGUCUUUUUUAUUUAUGGAUAUAUUUUUUUGAGGAAGUUAAUAUUUUUUUUGUUUGUACUUGUUAAUCAACAAUCAAAAUGAUUUUUUGCACUAGAUGGUUUUUGUUAAACAUUGAGGAAGUUAAUAUGUUCUUGUACUUGUUAUAAAUUGACAAUCAAAUUGAUUGUUUGCACUAGACAGUGUUUGUUAAACAUUGAGGAAGUUAAUAUAUGUUUGGACUUGUUAUAAAUUGAUAAUCAAAUUUAUUGAUUGUUUGCACCAGACGGUGUUUGUUAAACAUUGAGGAAGUUAAUACUUGUUUGUACUUGAUUGCACAAGUACAGUUGUUUGUAGUUAUUUGUGCUAGACAGUGCCAGUCUGUUGUUGGCGUAAUAAAGACCCUAAAGAACA